UUUUUUUUUAGUAAAUGCAAAAACCUUGUUACUUGUUUGUCACAUGGCAAACCUGAACCACCUCACAAUAGACCCAAUUCUUGUGCCUGUCACAAGUUGGGUACGUGGUGCCUGAGCUCAGGACCUUUCUGGCUGUGUGCUGUUCAUCCUGUAGGAUGGCAGUCUGGAAUUCAGACUUUGCCCCAUAGCCUAAACACUAAACACAGCAGUUUGUUGCAGAGCUGUGGGGAAGGGAGAAUGUGCUGGUGGGUCCCUGCUGGAAACAUGCUUUGUUGCACCUGGAGCAGAAUAAGUCACCUGCCAAACGCAAGAUCCUUCAAGCAGAAACAUGCUGGUCCUUCAGAGCUCCGGAACCACGUGGUUUUGCAAUGACACUUAGAGAAGGUGCCAACCACAUCCUGGAGGAGCAUCAGUAAGUAGCUGUGCUGACCCACAGCAAGGCCAUCAGGGCCUGGAAAAUAGAAGAGCAAACCUGCUGCAGGUCACGGUGCUCUCCCUGCAUGCUGACAUUGCUUGAAGAGUUAACGGGGACUUGCAAGGUGCUGGCACUUUUUGGAACUUGGUAAGUGGCUUUAAUGUUUCUAUUUGUCAUUCUGAAGCAAUUUAUGGAAACAAUGGAAAAUUUUUCAUUUUGUGCUUGGGGAAGCAAGGGCUGCUUGAUAUUUACAAGACAUGCAUACAAAAAUAUGCCUCUAUACAUAUAAAAAUACGCUUGAUUACUCGAAAAAAAAAAAGGAAUUUGCACUGAGGGCUUUUAAACUGCUUAAGCAGUUUAAGUGCUUGUAAGUCAGCCUGUGGUGAGAAUUAUUCUUGUGUACUCAGUUAUACCGUGAAAUUAUGGAUAUGAGACAGUCACAAGCCCUCUAGUCACUGCAGCUUUAUGAAUGACUGACCUCCCUUUGCACUCCCUUUGUGUAAGGAAGUAAGUUCUGUUUCACUGGCUAGGAAUGUCCUGAGUACCUCAAUGACAAUCAGUAACUUGGUAAGCUGAGCUUUUGGGUCUGUCAGUGCUUCUGUACUGAGAGUGGCUUCCAACUUAGGAUGGCCCCUGAAAUGGCUGUGAAGGAGCAAAGGCUGUUAUCUGUCCUGUCACUUUUAUAAUUGCAAUGUUAUAUGCAGCCUCUGUACUUUACCAAAAAAUCCUAAACUUAGCUGGGCUGUUGUUCCAAUCUCUGCUAGGGCAGCUAGGAGGAGGGAACGUGUUAAUGUGCAAAGCUGAGUAUUUCCCAAAAAGCCCUAAGUACUUCUUUGGCAGAAAAUUAGCACCCUGUUCCUUUGAAGGGCAACAGGAAAGUUUGGUCUGUUUUCAGGCAGUUGUGACCAGGAGAGCCCCCAGUCAGAGGGAUGAAUCCUUUGUAAUUAUAACUACAAAACUGAACUAGGCCUGGUUGAUAGGAUUUAUUGUAUUCUUAUUUUUCAACUUGUGUUGAGGUGAGUCAAAGAGAUGUGGGGAGAGUGAAAGGGCACGGUUUUCUGCUCACUUAGCAAACCCAGGCAGUCCUUCCAGUGGGAAGGAAACUUCCACUGACUGUGUAUAUGCACCUGAAUUUUAACAGUUUUGUCAAGAAUUGCACAGUUUGCAUUAGGACUGGAUUUAAUCCCUGCUUAUCUUUUUUCUGCUUUUUUAUGCUCCAAGUCAAGCAUCAUAGAGAACAACAAGUGGGUGGGAACAGUGGUCCCAGUUCAUAGAUUCUCCAAGGGAAGUGCUCUCUUCUCUCAGGAGUUGAGAUGGGUUGCAAGGUGAGGCAGGUUUCCCAACAUUUCCCUGCCAUCUGGUGGAAGGAAUCCAAGGGCUGUCCUAGGAAGCCCUUGGGAGGCAGCAACAAAUAUUUGAACUUCAGAGAAUUGCUCAGUUCACCAACUUUUCAUGCAGUGAGAGAGAUGUAGUUUGGAUAUUACAAAAACUCAAAAGACACCUUAAUGCUAGAAUAGAUUGUUGUGAGAGGAGGGGAAUUUCCAGACAAAUAUUAUACCCAGAUACUCUGCUUUUGGGGUGGAAGAUGGACUAGAGCAGAUCUGCAGGCAUGAUCCAGCCAGCAGAGAGUUCUAGUACCAUCCAGGAGAGCACAGUUUGAUUCUCACCUCUGCCAGACUAAGAUCUGGGGGAGAACUCACAACCUGUUUUCCUGCUUUAGGUGGGCACAUCAACAGUGUGUGCAGUGUCCAGCACCCUGGGACAGCUGGAACAUCAGGCAGUUCUUUGUCUAAAAGACAACAGGAGCUGGACCAUGAAACAUCAUAAACCCUCCCUACGUACCCACAUCCCUGGUCCUGUGCACCAGCAAAGUGAGGGAAACAAGGAGAGUUAAUGAAAACUUCAAGCUGCAUGCUUUGUCUUUAGCUGUAAACACCGACACAAAGUCUGAACUUGUGGAAAAUAAGGAGGCAGGGCAGGUAAGCUGAGGCUGCUCUGCCUGUUUGUAAUAAACCAAAAAUAAAUGGGCAAUUCCAGGGUAUUGUCUGCAUCUCUCUGCUUUAAGCUAAGUCAAGGCCUCAGUUUACACAUUUGCAGCUCGUUUGAAGACAAACUUUACCUGACUUGGAGCCUUGGGCGUGCCCAGUGGUUUCAAAACACACGGUGCCAGAAACCAGGCAGUCAGGCCUGUCCACUCUUGCAUUUACAAUUUGGCUGGCAAACACUGCUGCUGCUGAUUCAGAGUUCACAAAAGAGGUUCUCUGCUUUCAUGACCUGUUGAAGAGCUCAAGAAGGAGACCUGACUGUCUUUGUAGUCCUGGCAGCAAGGUUACAUUCUAGUGUUUCCUAGUGCUUUGUAUUUCUUUGGGAGCCCCAUGACUGACAGGUGGCUGACACCAGAAGCAGAGGCAUGGGAAAUGUCCCUCCUGGAUUUUGUAACCGAUUCUAGGAGCUGUCUGGGGCGUGUUGGAGGCUGCCCUUAUGCCCAUGUCAUCCCUGGGAUGGAGAAAGGCACUAGACCUCUUAGUUCUGGCCAGCUUUCCUGAUCUCAGGAGGGCAAAGCUACUUCUGAUCUCUGCCAAAAUCAUGUUUUGGGAGCAGGGCUCUCAUUCCCGAGCUCGUGAGAGAAGCAUUUGAGAUCAGAGGAGAAGUUCCCAUCCAAAUGACACAGUAAUCCUUGAACAGCUUUGGGAAGGGGAGUGUCACCUCCCUGUUCUGCCCCAGAGCAGCAUGUAGCCAAUUGAGGGAAACUCACUACACUUUUCCAGCUCCCAUUCUCCACAGUCAGUAAUUAUUCCCGUGCGUUGCAGAUGGAGAGGGUGACUGUGUCCAUCCCCAGCGGUACCCAGCCUUGGCUCUGGGGGCUGCCUGUUCAGCUGGAAAGCACAGCGCUGCUGGAUGACGUUUUCCUCUCCUCCCACUGAAUCAGCCUUUUAUUUACUCUUUGGAAUGCAAAGUAACAGGACACCCUCUGAGUUUUAUCUCUCUCCCAGUCUUUUGUAAUGCUUUGGAAGUUGCCGGACCGGAUUGAAAUGUGAGAUGGGGUGGUUUCAGGGUUGCCUGGCAGGAAUCUGGGUGGGAGGGCACUGUCGCUGAAAUUUGAAUUUGGGAGUCGCGCUAGGAGUACAAUCCUUGAGCCGUACCAGGGGAAGGAAAAGCCUUUGUCCCUGACUGAAUCCGGCCCGUCGCUGGUGUGGAUGGAUGGUGCUCCUUUGCUAGAAUUCCUGGCAACUGCCUUCACCAGAAGACUCUUCCCCCGCAGGCAGCCGGCCUUCAUUCCUUAUGUAAGCAGUUCUUCCCUUCUUUCACGUGCAUGGCAUUCCCAGGGCUGGGAGCUGAUGCAGAAGGAUCCUGCCUGCCCCGACAGUGUUUGCUGCUCCUGCAGCUGAUCCUUGUCUGCGGUUCGAGCUCAGGGCGAUUUAGCUCUUACAACUCGCACAGAUUCUGACCAAGCCGGACUUGGUUCUCAGAUUUCAGGGCUCGCCUUCCUUCCAAACCUCGGCUCUGCUCUCAAGAUGCUGUUCUGGCUACACUGAGACACCGCGAGGAGGAGGCGGUGAUAGCUUUUAUUUGGAUAAACUGGUUGCAGCGGGAGCAAACAGAAGCUUUGCGGGUGACUGCUGCCAUUGCAUGCGGGACAUGAACAACCUGGACGAAGGGGUGGAGUUCCUCCCUGCCAUGAACUCCAAGAAGAUGGAGAAACGCGGCCCAAGGCGGCAGAUAGGAACACACCUGUCCAGAAGGUUUUCAAUGGUCACUUGCGGGUUCUGAACUGGGAAUUCCUGGAUGCCUAUGAGAACUCCAGCUCUCCAGAGUUCAGUAUGCUGGCCAAGAAGGUGAAGAGCACGGUGGAGGAGAUCUACAAGAAUCAUGCUGAUAUUGGUCCUUACCACAAAGAGACAGUAAUCACUGCCUUCAGUGAAGGCAGUGUCAUUGCCUACUACUGGUCAGAAUUCCUUGUGCCCAAAUAUCGGGAAGAGAGCCUGGACAGGGCAAUGGCUGACAAGCAGAGUCUGGUGCAGAGGUGGAACCCCCGCCUGAGAAACCCCAUGCUGAAGGUGGAGUCAGUCAUUGCUUUCCCUGUGGACCCCAGCAUAGCUCACUCUGCCCGGGACAACAGCUGCAUGUUCUCCCUUCAUGCCAAGGAAGGGGAGGUCACCAGUUUCACCACGCCGGGCUUCCCCAACAGCCCAUACCCCAACAAUGCCCUCUGCUACUGGGCAUUGAGGGCAGAUGCCAGUUCCAGCAUCAGUCUCACCUUUAAGACCUUGGAGCUGGAGCCAUGCAGAGAUGACAGUGACUACAUCAAGGUGUACGACUCUCUGAGCCCUGUGGAGCCCCACGCCUUGGUUAGGCUUUGUGGGAAUUAUGCCCCAUCCUAUAACCUGACCUUCCUGUCCUCCCAGAACGUCAUGCUAGUCACAUUGGUUACCAACAAGGAGGGGCGAUUCCCUGGCUUUAAGGCUGAGUUCUUCCAGCUCCCAAAGAUGAAAGCCUGCGGUGAGACCCUGAAGGGAGAGAGUGGCACCUUCACAACUCCCUAUUACCCAGCACACUACCCCCCAGACAUGGACUGUGUCUGGAACAUUGAGGUUCCCUCUAUAAAGAAUGUGAAGGUGCGUUUCAACAUGUUCUUUGUGCUGGAGCCUGGGAUCCCAGUCAGCUCCUGCACCAAAGACUAUGUGCAGAUCAACGGCACAAGGUACUGUGGGGAGCGCUCCCAGUUUGUGGUGGCCAGUACCACCAACAAAAUCGAGCUCCGGUUCCACUCAGACCAAUCCUACACAGACACAGGCUUCUCUGCGGAGUUCCUGUCCUAUGACUCCAGUGACCCCUGCCCUGGCAAGUUCACUUGCAAUACUGGCCGCUGCAUCGACAGGAGCAUGCGCUGCGAUGGGUGGCUGGACUGCGUGGACGGCAGUGAUGAGAGGUCUUGUACCUGUACCGAGCAGCAGUUCAAGUGCCAGAACGGCUGGUGCAAGCCCAGGUUCUGGGUCUGUGACAACGUGAACGACUGCGGUGACAACAGCGAUGAGCUACAGUGCAGCUGUUCAGCUGACAGCUUCAAGUGCAACAAUGGGAAGUGUGUCCCCAGCACACAGAAAUGUGAUGGCAAGGAUGACUGUGAGGACGGGAGUGAUGAAGGCAGCUGCAGCACAGCAGGCCAGACCACAGUCCCCUGCAAGGAGUACACAUACAAGUGCCGCAGUGGACACUGCAUCAGCAAACAGAACCCUGAGUGUGAUGGGGAGCAGGACUGUGAGGACCACUCUGAUGAGGACAACUGCAACUGUGGGCUCCGGUCCUACGUCAGGAAGUCGCGGAUUGUUGGUGGGCAGAACUCAGACGUGGGAGAGUGGCCAUGGCAGGUCAGCCUGCACGUCAAGGGCCAGGGCCACAUCUGUGGGGCCUCGCUGGUGUCAGCAAACUGGCUGGUGUCAGCAGCACACUGCUUCCUACCACUGCAAGGCAUCAGGUAUUCAGACCCCAGCCUAUGGACAGCCUACCUGGGGCUGACUGACCAAGGUGACCGCAGCGGCCCCAACGUGCAAACCCGCAAAAUCAAGAGCAUCAUCUCCCACCCCUUCUUCAAUGACUACACCUAUGACUAUGACAUUGCUGUGCUGGAGCUGCAGAGCCCUGUCACCUUCACGGCCGUCGUCCAGCCCAUUUGCCUGCCCGAUGCCACCCACAACUUCCCUGUGGGCAAGGACCUGUGGGUGACUGGAUGGGGAGCAACUGCAGAAGGAGGCACGGGAGCCUCCAUCCUGCAGAAGGCAGAGAUCCGGCUCAUCAACCAGACUGUGUGUAACCAGCUCCUGACAGACCAGCUGACGCCACGCAUGAUGUGCGUGGGGAUCCUGACCGGUGGUGUGGAUGCCUGCCAGGGAGACUCUGGGGGGCCCCUGGUCAGUGUGGAGCCCAGUAGUCGGAUGUUCCUGGCCGGCGUGGUGAGCUGGGGCGAUGGCUGUGCCCAGAGGAACAAACCUGGGGUGUACAGCCGGCUCACGAGCCUCCGAGAUUGGAUCCAGGAGCACACAGGCCUCUAGGGAUGGAUCCCUGCCUGGACACCUCUUGGACAGCACUGGCUGGAGACAUUUGGCAGUGCCAGCCAUGCACAGCCUCUACUGUGAACUUCAACCCUCCCUCUACCUCGCUUGCGAGCGCCUGGGACUCCAUGUGCAACCAGAGCUGAUGGUUUGGUGUAGCCCUUAGUCUGAGAAAUCCAUGUUUGGAGAAGUGUCCCUUGGGGGGGUAAGCUAGUACAGCUCCCAGGAACAAUUUGAAUGAGCCAUCAUUCAAGAUUACAUAGAGUAAUAAACUUAAAAAAAAAAUCAAAUUAAAAAAAGAGUUUGUGUUUAGAGGCAAACUUUAUUGGACAAGUUCAAAAACAAGGUUUCAGCAUAUAUCCUAAGUCAUGCAUUUGUUUUCAAACAGCCGUCCAUAUCCUUUCUCUGGUGUUCAGCCAUAGUGGGGUUGAAGGGAGGUCUUACCAUAGUUUUGGGGGGAUUCCCUUUGGAAUCCCUUUCUUGUCCCACACCAUGGUCUCCUCCUUCUGUCCUCUGUCCAGCUCUUCUUCUGGCAUGGCCAAAUCCAGGAAUUGGGGGCCUGAAAGAGAGAUGUUGGGCUGAAACACCACCACUCACCCUGAGGGAAGCCACGGGCAGAGCACAGAGCUAUCACUCACCCCAAAAAAGCCAUGGGCAGGGCUCAGACACUAUCACUCACUGUGAGGGAAGCCACAGGCAGAGCUGCUGGCACACAUGGAGACCUAGAGCCAUUGGCAUCACUGCAUUGUGCCUUAACAUCAUACUGAGCUGAGCUCAUGCAGCUUCUGCUGAGCCCCAGGUGCCUGGAAUCACUGUGAAGAGUGCAAGGGCUGCACUGAAUUCUUCUUGGAGUGCUCCCGACAAGGACAACGCCAGUCAGCUGUGCACACCAGCCUUACACCUAUCUUACUUUUGUAAAGAAAAAUGUGACUUGUGAAUGUGCUGAUUUUCUUCCUUUUUCCUCUGUAGUCUGUUCCCGUCCCAGCAAAGCACACUCCAGCUGAGUUAGUCCCUUCCUUACCUGUAAAUACAUUGUUUUGUAAAACUCUCAGAACUGAGAUGCUGCAAUAAACUGGGAUAUUUUUUAAUACUA